GCAGGAGGCGGCUGCGGUGGCGGCGGCCGUAGGGCGCCGCGUUGCGCGCUCUCCCCGAGCAAGCUGAGGCGGCGUUCCGGCAGAGACACUUGCUGAUCAGCAGACCUCUGAAUCCAUCGAUGUGACUUCGUUGGAGUAACCAUGACCGAAGUCCUUCUGUCAGCUAUGCUGAACAUGACUGAAACCCACUUGCUGGUCAGCAAUGUCACCAGCAAUGUCACCAGCAAAUGUUCGCUGACCAAAACUGGCUUUCAAUUCUAUUACUUGCCUGCCGUCUACAUUGUAGUCUUCAUCACUGGGUUCCUGGGCAACAGUGUGGCCAUUUGGAUGUUUGUCUUCCACAUGAGGCCUUGGAGUGGCAUCUCGGUUUACAUGUUCAACCUGGCACUGGCUGACUUCUUGUAUGUUUUGACUCUCCCUGUACUGAUCUUCUAUUACUUCAAUCAAACCGACUGGAUCUUUGGAGACUUCAUGUGCAAGCUACAGAGGUUCAUCUUCCACGUCAAUCUAUAUGGAAGCAUCUUGUUCCUCACAUGCAUCAGUGUGCACAGGUAUACGGGUGUCGUUUAUCCUUUAAAAUCCCUGGGGAGGCUGAAAAAGAAGAACGCUGUUUAUAUCAGUGCCCUGGUCUGGAUCAUUGUAGUAGUCGGGAUUUCGCCCAUCUUCUUUUACUCUGGGACCGAGGUAAGGAAAGUCAAAACCAUGGCUUGCUACGACACAACGGUAGAUGAUUAUCUGCGAAGCUACUUCAUUUACAGCAUGUGCACCACUGUGUUCCUGUUCUGCAUUCCAUUCAUCCUGAUUCUCGGUUGCUACGGAUUAAUCGUGAAAGCGCUGAUUUACAAAGAUUUAGACAAUUCUCCCCUUAGGAGGAAAUCAAUUUACCUGGUUAUUAUAGUGUUGGCAGUAUUUGCUGUGUCUUAUCUCCCUUUUCACGUGAUGAAAAACUUGAACCUACGAGCCAGGCUAGAUUUUCAGACUCCGGAAAUGUGUGCCUUUAACAACAGGGUUUAUGCCACUUACCAAGUAACUCGGGGGCUGGCGAGUCUCAACAGCUGUGUGGAUCCUAUUCUGUAUUUUUUGGCAGGAGAUACAUUUCGAAGAAGGCUCUCAAGAGCCACGAGAAAAGCCUCGAGACGAAGCGAGCUCAACAUGCAAUCCAAAAGCGAGGAUAUGACUCUCAGUAUUUUAUCUGAGUGUAAACAGAAUGGAGACACAAGCUUGUGAAUAGGGUUUUUGUUGUUGUUGUUGCUGCAAGGAAUCACUCCCCCCACCACUUACCCCCUUCAUUUUUAACCCUUAUAAGACUCAGUUCAUGCAUUUUCAAGAAAACAUAACAAGUGGACAAUUUAUGUUUGUGUGGGCGUUUUUUUCUUGUGUUUUUUUAACUUGCUCUGUGAGCCUAGGAAGAACUUGAUGAAAGUAAGUGUACAUUUUUUUAAAAAAAUUAAAUUGAAAACAACAUGGAAAGUU